UAGCAACGAUGCUGUUGACGUUGCUAGCAAGUCAACUUAGCUUGCUCGAGCGUUAGCCAGAGCUGACACCUUUAUAUGUGUUAUUCAGCUUUAACCUAUUUAUUUUAAUUGGACAUCAUCGAUAUAUAUUGUCUUAUUUUUUUAGCUUAAUUAUUUGUCUCAUUCUGUGCAUAUCCAGGGAAUUCCUUUACGAGGUUGUCGGAAGAGAAGUGUGUCGUUGUAGCUAGCACGUAGGUCUGUUGACAAAAACUUUAUCGAUACAACGCAUAGCCUCUAGCUCUAGACUGUAAAAGAUACAACGUUGCGGGUUCCCAUAGAAUAAUGCUAGUCGCCUAGGUUUCUUUUUUUACACAAAAAAUGUUCAAGACAAAGAUUCUUAUUAUCGGUCCAAGUGAGAGUGGAAAGACUGUAUUAGCCAAUUUCUUAUCGGACACAGUGGAGACUAUUGGGGGCGAUUACAGUCCAACACAAGGUGUCAGGAUACUUGAGUUUGAAUCACAGAACCAUGGAAGCGGAGACAGAGACUCCUCUUGUGAGGUGGAAUUGUGGGACUGUGGAGGAGACUUCAAGUUCGAGUCUUGUUGGCCUGCGCUGAUGAAGGAUUCCAAUGGUGUGGUUAUUGUGUUUAAUGAUGAUGUGCCCAGCCAUAUCAAUGAAGUAGAGACCUGGCACUCAACAUUUGUUGCCUCGCAGGGACUUCGGGAGAAUCAGUGCCUUUUACUUGUCCAUCACAAGCCUGGAAGCAGUGCGAAUGCUUCUCCUCCACCACUAGCACCAAAUCUAAGCAAGCUGCAACUCAUUCACUCUAAUUUGGAAGAGGACCCUGAGGAUGUGCGGCAGGAGUUUCGCCGAUUUUUGGGGGGUGUUGUGAAGACGAUGUCUGAAAACCGAGACAAUUUGGAAAUGUCAAUCUUCACCUGAACACUUAUGGUCAUGUCUUGUUAAUACCAUGGAGUUAACUGCUCAUACUUAUCACACCUGGAAACGGUUUUGAAACUUGUUUUCCCUUAGGAUCUGUACAUAGAUAUGCACAUAAAUUGUUACUUGUAAAAUAUUGCUUUUUAUCAGUGAAUGUUCAAUAAACUAUUCUCUACAAAA